AUGACUGAUUUACACUAUACGGUUACUGAAACAAUUUACCGACGAUAUGGACAAGUCACUGAGAUCGUUUACGAAUACGAUGAAGUUCGCGAAGAGCAAGUCUUAGAGAAUAUGCAAACGAAAACGGAAAAACGAACGAGAACUUACCAAGCAUCGAUUACGCGCACCGAAUACGAACGCAUUGCAAACAAAGUACAAUACCAACGUUAUGUUUUACCAUUCGACACAUUCGUUACUAUUCUUCGUCCAUUCAUGAUGGGAACGUAUGCUGCCGAGGAAGUUCGCGAAGCAUUUCGUUUGCUCGACAAAAACUCGUCGAAUACGAUCGAUGUCGAAGAAUUAGCCGGCUUCCUAUCUGUUUUACAUCCGAUAAUGAGCAAAGAAACGCUCUUAGGGUACAUUAACAAAGUCGCCAGAGAUGGACACAAUUAUAUCAAUUUCGAUGAGUUCAGUCAAAUGAUUCUGCGAGGUGUUGGACGAGAUAUAGUCUGUGGUCACUUUUAA